UCAUUGCACACAGCGUGCUGGAUAACUGUAGAACCGUGGAUAGCAUAUCCAGGCCUAACCACUGCCCAUGUCACCCAAAACGGGAGUUUGUCGCUGCCAAGACACCAACUCGGCCGUUAUUAAAAGCCUAUUCUUAUUUGAAUGUGGUUUCGGACGCCAAUAAAUUGUAUAAAGCGACAGCGGACCGUCCCCUUUCAGGCCCCCUGAAUGUUAUCGAUCUCACCAGAGAGGGCUGGAACGGGUCAGGCAUUAGGAAUACCCGCGGGUGCUCAGAACCGAGCGCGUGGCAGCUCUCUCUAGGGCUUGGAAGCGACGCAAGCAGCUAUCUCGAGUCACACCGGAUCAGAGGUUGUUCUGAAAGGCAUCCAGACUGGCACAGCAGUAACUGGCACCGGUUCAACAUCUCUCUGAGGCGUUACGCUGUUUGUGCAAGGCAGGCAAGAGAAAAUACAAACACCACAUCUUCAAAUAACAACUCAAAAGUAGAGUUUGUGCAUGCAAAGUCUGAUCGGAAUAGUCCACAAAAGUCUUCUUGUGCACUCGAACGGACUGAUGCUCGGGAUUUAAUGCCACAGGCUGUCUGGGUCAGGACUGGGACUCGUUUUGAUGACAGAAAGGCUCAUUAUAAUGGAUCAACUGGAAUCAGCGCUGCUCAGUUGUAUAUCGGCGAUGUACACAACUCUGACUCAUCUGCUACUGGCUCUCCCAGGGGUCAUAAUGCAUCACAUAUCUACCUCUUAGUCGAGCUAAACUUUCCUAAACGUUUUCGUGACUCACACAAUCACACGCGUGCAGAGCGCGCGAGAGAAGAUUCAGCACCCGCUCAGUGGGCAGCGCCAGACUCCGUGCAUGAGCUCGCUAACUCGAGCCACUAUACUGAAAGUUUGUUGCUGAUGGAUUGGAACAGUAACAAUAACAACAACUGCGCCAAAAAUCGUAAUAAUAACCACCACAACAACAGCAGUCCUGGCGAUCAAAAUGCAAAUGAAACCCAAAAUGUUCCAGACAGUGAAGAGCGCGACUUUAUAAGAGGGGAAAGCGCACGUUAUCCUUGCUCCAGUGCGCGUGCAGAGUGUGGCGACUAUGACAGCUUAAACGCCGAUGGGGGAGCCACGCGGCCGCAAUUAAAAUCCGGUAAACGGGUGUCAUUACAAGCUGAGGGUGUCAGUCAGCAAAAGGAGCAGCUGGAAGCCGCGACUGAGUGCGGUAGGAGGGAGGGACAGAUAGAGGGCGGGGUGAAAGGGGAGGGUGACAGACAGCCUGUAGAGGGAGAAAGGGAGGAAAGCAUGGAGUGGGUGAUUGCAGAAGACACAAAGGAAGAGGCAGUGUUAGAAGAGAAAAAAUUACUGAGAGAAAAAGGUCAAGGCAAUGGCACCUCUCAGUCAGACAGAGAGAGUGAUGAAAACAAAGAGGGAAUAUGGACUGAACAAAAUGAGCUUAAACGUGAAAGUGUAGAUGGGGUGGAAAACACACAAAAAGAUCAGUACACUGCAAAACAAAAAGCAAGAGAGAGUGAUGAAGUUCAGAGAGGAGAGGAGCAAGAGUACAUCGAAGAACAAACAGGUGUCCCUCCUGUUGGGCGCUCCCGUAGAGCUGCUAAUAGGCACCCCCAUUUCCCCCAGUAUAACUACCAGGUUCAGGUUGCUGAGAACCAGCCUCCUGGUACCUCAGUCAUAACUAUGACAGCUGAGGACCCUGAUGCUGGUGAGGCAGGCAGACUCAGUUAUAGCAUGGCCCCUUUAAUGAACAGCAGGUCCAUGGAUUACUUCCAAAUCGACCCAAUUACUGGCCUUCUCACCACCACACACGUUCUGGAUCGAGAACACAUGGACCUGCACUACUUCCGAGUUACUGCCACAGACCAUGGCUCACCACGCCUUUCUGGAACAACUAUGGUGACCAUCACUGUGGCUGAUCGUAAUGAUCACUCUCCUGUGUUUGAGCAAACAGAGUACCGAGAGACCAUUCGAGAGAACGUGGAAGAGGGAUAUCCUAUACUGCAGCUGCGAGCAACAGAUCUCGACUCGCCAGCGAAUGCUAACAUACGCUACAGAUUUAUUGGAGAAAGUGCAGCUGUUGCACGUUCUGCGUUUGAGAUUGAUCCCCGAUCAGGCUUGAUCACGACACGAGGUAUUGUUGACAGAGAAGCAAAUGAACGUUAUACAUUGUUGGUGGAAGCAAGCGACCAAGGGAGAGAGCCGGGCCCACGGUCUGCUACCGUUAGCGUCCAUAUCACUGUGUUGGAUGAGAACGACAAUGUUCCACAGUUCAGUCAAAAGCGAUAUGUGGUUGCCAUUAGAGAAGAUGUCCGGCCACAUUCUGAAAUCCUCAGAGUCAGCGCCUCGGACCAGGAUAAAGAUGGGAAUGCUGCUCUGCACUACAACAUAAUCAGCGGGAACAGCCGAGGGCAGUUUGCGAUUGACAGUGUUACUGGAGAAAUCCAGGUAGUAGCACCGCUGGACUUUGAGACGGAACGGGAGUACACGCUACGGCUGCGGGCUCAGGACAACGGCCGCCCACCUCUCUCCAACAACACUGGAAUUGUGAGUGUGCAGGUUACUGAUGUCAACGAUAAUCCACCAAUCUUUGUAUCCACACCCUUCCAGGCUACAGUGCUGGAGAGCGCUCCUAUCGGUCACUCCAUUCUCCACAUACAAGCUAUUGAUACAGAUAAUGGUGACAAUGCACGCCUGGAAUACCGUUUAACAGGAACUGGCACAGAUACGCCAUUUGUUAUCAACGCUGCCACUGGUUGGGUCACGGUGAGCUCAGAACUUGACCGUGAAUCAGUAGAGCACUACUUUUUUGGUGUUGAAGCUCGAGAUUAUGGUGCUCCACCUCUUUCCGUCACAGCUAGUGUUACGAUCACAGUAAUGGAUGUUAAUGAUAACCGACCAGAAUUUCUACAAAAAGAGUAUUACGUCAGACUAAAUGAAGAUGCAGCUGUUGGAACAAGUGUGUUCAGCGUAACUGCAGUUGACCGUGAUGUAAAUAGUGCCGUCACAUAUCAAAUUACCGGUGGAAACACACGUAAUCGCUUUGCCAUUAGCACAGCCAGUGGCGCAGGACUUGUCUCACUAGCACUGCCUUUGGACUACAAACAGGAGCGCCGCUAUGUGUUAACAGUCACUGCCUCUGACAGAACUCUCCACGACACCUGUCAGGUCCACAUCAACAUCACAGAUGCCAACACACACCGUCCUGUAUUCCAGAGCGCUCAUUAUUCAGUAAGUGUGAAUGAGGACCGGCCUCCUGGCAGCACUGUGGUGGUCAUAAGUGCCACAGAUGAUGAUGUUGGAGAAAAUGCCCGCAUCACUUACUACUUGGAGGACAAUAUUCCACAGUUCCGUAUAGAUCCUGCAAGUGGAGCGAUCACACUUCAAGCAGAACUAGACUACGAAGACCAAAUGACUUACACGCUUGCCAUCACUGCUCGUGACAAUGGAAUCCCUCAGAAGUCUGACACCACUUAUGUGGAGGUCAAUGUUAAUGAUGUAAAUGACAACGCACCUCAGUUCCUGAGCCCCAGAUAUCAGGGUGGAGUCAGUGAGGAUGCUCCACCUUUCACUAGUGUCCUGCAGAUCUCUGCUACUGACCGUGAUGCUCAUGCCAAUGGCCGUGUCCAGUAUACGUUCCAGAAUGGAGAGGAUGGUGAUGGUGAUUUCACAAUAGAACCAACCUCGGGAAUAGUCCGGACCGUCAGGAGACUUGACCGUGAAAGUGUUCCCUUCUACGAGCUGACUGCAUUUGCUGUGGAUCGCGGUGUUCCGCCUCAGCGUACACCUGUACACAUUCAAGUCAGUGUCAUGGAUGUCAAUGACAAUGCUCCAGUGUUUCCUGCUGACGAUUUUGAGGUUCUGGUGAAGGAGAAUAGUGCCGUUGGGUCUGUCGUAGCUCAGAUUACAGCGACUGAUCCAGAUGAGGGCCCAAACGCUCAGAUUAUGUAUCAGAUUGUGGAAGGAAAUAUUCCAGAAAUCUUCCAAAUGGACAUUUUCUCAGGAGAACUCACUUCUUUAAUUGACCUUGACUAUGAAACACGGAACGAGUACGUAAUCGUUGUCCAGGCCACAUCAGCUCCGCUAGUCAGUCGUGCCACAGUGCGCAUACGACUGGUUGACCAGAAUGAUAAUGGGCCCCAAAUGCAAGAAUUUCAAAUCAUCUUUAACAACUUUGUAUCCAAUCGAUCCAACACCUUCCCAAGUGGGGUUAUUGGACGAGUUCCAGCCCAUGACCCAGAUGUUUCGGAUCAUCUCUACUACACUAUAGACCGUGGGAACGAUCUGCAUCUGCUGCUGUUGAACCACACAAGUGGGGAGAUCCGCCUCAGCCGGAAACUGGACAACAACCGACCACUGGUGGCCCCGAUGCUCGUCACCGUCACUGAUGGCAUUCACAGCGUCAGUGCUCAGUGUGUGUUGCGGGUUCUCAUCAUUACGGAGGAGAUGCUCAGCAGCAGCAUCACUGUGCGACUCCAGAACAUGUCCCAGGAGCACUUCCUGUCCCCGCUGCUCACUCACUUCCUGGAAGGGGUGUCAGCAGUGCUUUCAGUCUCUCCUGAUGAUGUGUUUGUGUUUAACGUGCAGCCAGAUGCAGGAAAGGUGCUCAACGUUAGUUUCUCCGCUGCAUUGCCAGGUGGGCAGUUUUUCCCAUCGGAGGCUCUGGAGGAGCAGCUGUACCUCAACAGGCCUAGACUCAACGCCCUCGCACAUAUGGAGGUUCUCCCAUUUGAUGAUAACGUGUGUUUACGUGAGCCAUGUCAGAACUACAUGAAGUGCAUCAGCAUUCUCCGCUUCAACAGCUCUGCUCCCUUUAUCGCCUCCCCAUCCACGCUGUUCCGGCCCAUCCAUCCCAUCACAGGGCUGCGCUGCCGCUGCCCUGCCGGAUUUACGGGAGAUUACUGCGAGAUUGAAAUUAACCUGUGUUACUCAAACCCCUGCAUGAAUGGAGGAGUGUGCGCUCGCAGAGAGGGAGGUUACACCUGCAUCUGCCGAGAGGAUUACACAGGGGAGCGUUGUGAGUUUGACCGGCGUGGUGGCCAGUGUGUGGCAGGCAUAUGUCGUAACGGCGGUACAUGUCGUGAGCUCUCCGGAGGGGGAUUCAGGUGUGAGUGUCCUGCAGGAGGUUAUGAGAAGCCAUAUUGCUCUGUCACCACCAGAUCCUUUCCGCCAAAAUCAUUCAUGAUGUUCAGGGGGCUCCGUCAACGAUUCCACCUCUCCAUCUCUCUCUCGUUUGCCACAUUGGAAAGUAAUGGUUUGCUCUUCUACAACGGUCGGUUUAAUGAGAAGCACGACUUCCUUGCUUUGGAGAUACUGGAUGGACAAAUGGUUCUUAAAUACUCCACAGGUGAGUCAUCUACUCAGGUGAGUCCAUACCUGCCUGACAGAGUGAGUGAUGGCAGCUGGCACACCGUUCACAUCCACUACUACAACAAGCCAAAGCGUAGUGUGAGCGGUGACGUUCAGGGUCCGUCUGAUGAGAAGGUCGCUGUCUUGAGUGUAGAUGACUGUGACACAGCCGUUUCUCUGAGGUUUGGCGCUCAGCUCGGCAACUACAGCUGUGCUGCACAGGGAAGACAGACCAGCAGCAAAAAGUCUUUGGAUCUGACUGGCCCGUUGUUUUUGGGUGGAGUUCCUAACCUGCCUGAGAAUUUCCCGUUUAGUACAAGAGAAUUUAUUGGCUGCAUGAAAGACCUGCACAUUGAUAACAGACCAGUGGACAUGGCAGGAUUCAUCGCUAAUAAUGGCACUUUACCUGGCUGCAGUGCCAAACUGCCUUUCUGUAAAUCAAACCCAUGCCAGAAUGGCGGCACAUGUAGGGAGAGCUGGGAAACAUACUCCUGUGAUUGCCCUGUUGGAUUUGGAGGGAAGGACUGCAGCUUAGUGAUGUCCCACCCUCAUCGUUUCCUUGGAAACAGUGCGCUGUGGUGGGACUUGAAAAAUGAAGUCUCCAUCACUACGCCCUGGUACAUGGGGCUGGUGUUCCGCACCAGAUCAAAAGAGGGAGUUCUCCUGCAGGCUCAAGCUGGACAAUACACCAACUUGAUCUUUCAGGUGGUUUCGGGUCAGUUGGUGUUUUCUGUGGCACGGGGUUCAACUCGGCCAGUCAGGUUGAGACUGGAUCAGGUUCAGGUGUGUGAUGGACGCUGGCAUGACCUACAGCGACGUGAUGUCAGGAGUGGCAGAGAGACUCGAUAUAUUGCUACAGUCCGACUGGACUUUGGACUGUAUCAGGGAACAGUCAUUGUUGGGAAUGAGAUUAAUGGUGUAAAGGUGAAGCACCUGCAUGUGGGUGGAGUUUUAGGGUCAGGAGAGGUGCAAAAUGGGAUACGUGGCUGCAUUCAGGUGCGAUUCUACGGUAAAAGCUGUAUGGAUGCAUGUCAGCUGAACCCAUGUGAAAAUCAAGCAAAGUGUCACAGGAAGCCAAGCUCCUCACAUGGAUAUAUCUGUGACUGUGAGGACAAUCACUAUGGACAGUAUUGUCAACACAGGAUCGAGCAGCAAUGUCCUCUGGGUUGGUGGGGCAGCCCGACAUGUGGACCCUGCCACUGUGAAGCCAGUAAAGGCUUUGACACGGACUGCAAUAAGACCACUGGACACUGCCACUGCAAGGAGUUUCAUUACCGACGGCGGGGCAGUGACAUCUGCCUGCCAUGUGACUGCUACCCAGUGGGCUCCUUCUCAAGGUCAUGUGACCCUGAGAGUGGCCAGUGCCAGUGCCGACCCGGCGUGAUUGGCAGACAGUGUAACAUGUGUGACAAUCCAUUUGCUGAGGUCACACAACCAGGCUGUGAAGUAAUCUAUGAUGGUUGUCCGAAGACCAUAACGUCAGCAAUCUGGUGGCCCAGAACAAAGUUCAACCUGCCUGCUGCUGUCCCCUGUCCCAAAGGAUCAGUAGGAACUGCGAUUCGGCACUGUGAUGGAGAGAGAGGAUGGCUGGACCCUGAUCUGUACAACUGCACCUCUCCUCCUUUUGUGGAGCUAAACACAGCCCUGGAGGCGUUGGAGAGAAAUGAGACAGAACUCAACACCAUCAUUGAGAAAAAACUAGCCCAUCAGCUUCGUGAUGUCACAGAGGCAACAACCCGUCUCUAUGGAAAUGACCUUCAGAUAGCCGAGCGGCUGCUUUCUCGCCUCCUGACCUUUGAGAGCCUCCAGUCAGGCUUUGGUUUGACAGCCACUCAGGAUGCACAUUUCAAUGAGAAUGUGUUGCGAGCCUGUAGUGUUUUGUUGAGUCCAGGCAGUGCUGCGUUGUGGAGGGGUCAAAGUUCAGGUCAGACUGGAGUGGCGGGAUUGGCCGAUCUGUUUGAGCAAUACACCCGCAUACUCGCCCAGAACAUGAAACAGACCUACCUCAAUCCUGUGGCACUUGUCGCCCCAAACAUCGAUUUUGAAUGUGUAUCAGCAGGAGGCUGCUGGACUGUGAGGGACUGUAGUGUGGUGUAUAGGAACACGUCACAUGUUCGCUGUCAGUGCCACAGACUGGGAACCUUUGGAGUCCUUAUGGACAGCUCACAGAGAGAGCAGUUAGAGGGUGACCUGGAGACCCUCGCCAUAGUAACAUACUCCUCGCUCUCAGUUUCCAUGGCGGCGUUGUUGCUAACAGUGGUGGUUUUAUCGUGCCUGAGGGGACUGAAAUCAAACACACGCAGCAUUCAUUCCAACAUGGCUGCCGCUACUCUACUCUCUCACCUCACAUACCUGCUGGGCAUCAACCAGACGGAACAGCAGUUCCUGUGCACAGUGGUUGCAAUUCUGCUGCAUUACUUCUUUAUGUCGUCAUUUGCGUGGCUCUUUGUGGAAGCUCUUCAUAUUUACCGUAUGCAAACAGAAGCAAGAAACAUCAACUAUGGAGCCAUGAGAUUCUACUAUGCUAUUGGCUGGGGAGUCCCUGCUAUCAUUACAGGGCUGGCGGUCGGGUUGGAUCCAGAGGGGUAUGGCAACGCAGAUUUCUGCUGGAUCUCCAUGUAUGAUAAGCUCAUGUGGAGCUUUGCGGGACCAGUUAGCGUCGUCCUACUGAUAAAUGGUGGGAUGUUUUUGAUGGUUCUGCGUAUGACAUGUAACCCCACUCAGAAGGAUAUAAAGAAGCUGCCUGUGAUUUCUACUAUCCGCAGUGCCUUCCUCCUGUUAUUAUUGAGUACAUGUGUUUGGUUGUUUGGUCUUAUGGCUGUUAAUAACAGUGUCCUGGCGUUCCACUACCUGUUCAUUGUCCUCUGUUGCGUACAGGGAUUGGCUGUACUGUUAGUUUUUACUCUCCUGAACUCUGAGGUGCAAGAGGCCUGGAAACUGGCCUGUCUGGGCAAGAAAAGUCCCAGUGAAGAACCUCCCAGACCUCCACAGAUUACUGGCCAAAACCCAUACAACAGCGCCUCCCUGCUGGAGCAGAGCGGAUUACACCGAAUCACACUCGGAACUUCAACUGUCUCAUCAGUCAGCAGUGCAAGGGAGAAUCUCUUGGCACGGCAGACUCUAGAGCACACUCUUGGUCACACAGGGGCCACUGACCUGGACGUGGCAAUGUUUCACCGCAACGGAGGUGAGGACUCAGACUCAGAUUCUGAUCUCUCACUGGAAGAGGAGCGGAGUUUGUCCAUCCCAUCAUCAGAGAGCGAGGACAACGUGCGCCUGCGUGGACGCAUCCAGCGACACUUCAAACGGACUGGUCACGGCGAACGUUUACUCACAGAGCCCACCCACAAUGGUGGAAAAGAUCUGGAUGGCAAUGACCUGCUCUCCUAUUGGCCAGCGCUGGAAGGCUGCGAGGCGCACUCACUGCAGAAAUGGGGCUCAGAGCGCCGACUAGGGGGCGACUACAGCAAGGAUGCAGCUAAUAACAACCAACCAGACGCAGCGCUGACCAGCGGAGAUGAGAACGGACUCACACACAAUCACCGCAAGGGAAUCCUGAAGAAUCGUCUUGGAUGCCCUCCUGCUGUGCAGGGCCUGUCUGCCGUGGGUCGCGCUCCCAGCGAGAUGUCCUGGUACAGGACCUCCACAUUGGGUCACCGAGGUGUCCCAGCUGCUUCCUACGGUCGUAUGUACUCCGGAACUGGCUCACUGUCCCAACCUGCUUCCCAAUACUCUUCCCGCGAACACCUGGAUUCACUUGUGCGACGUCAGCGUUCCCGUGACAACCUCGACCUGUUGCCGAGAAGACGCGAGCUUGGUGCCGAACCCCUGGGUGGGUCCAGAGAGAGGCUGGGCCCUGUUCACAGUAACCAUGCCUCCAGGGAGGAUCUGGUGGGCAGGGGUGGUAUGGUGGGUUUAAUGGGGGCAGAAGGUUCGUUAAGUGGUUCAAGAACUCAGCUUAACACUCUAACAAGGCAACAGGCCUCUCGGGAGCACCUCGGAGGGGCUUUUAUGAGCAGUCGGUCCCGGGAGCAGUUGGAAUCUAACGGUGGAGCACAGCCCUGCAGGGAGUGGCUGAGAACCCUGCCGCCCCGACAGCUCUCACACCCUGAGCCACACCCACCCUCCUCACCCCCUCCACCAAUCACAGAGGAACCCCAGGAAACCCUGCCCUCUCGCCGUGGUCGCCUAGACUCCGCCCCCCCAUGUAGGUACCCUCCAUCUACAGCUGCACCCGGAGCUCCAUCCAGUCGCCCACCCUCUAGUGAACACCUGGAUAUCCUCUCCUCCAUACUCACCUCCUUCAGCUCCUCUGUCUUAACCCCGCCCCCUAACCCUGUCUCUGCCUCGGCAGGCCCCUCCCCUUCCCCACCUCCUCUCUCUGCGACCUCUCAGAGCGUCUCUGAAGUAUCACCUGACUCUGAAGUUAACAGAAGUGAUGGACAAUCUUGAUGAUUCCUUCACAGUCCCAUAAUGCACCUCUGCAGAUGGGCUCAAGAAUCACAGGACAGAGCCAACCGGAGCAAUCAGGACUCCUACUUGACCCUGGGAAGUGCGUUGGACGUGAGCGUGAAGUUGUUCAUCGAGGGCUGGAGAUGUCACCCUCCUGAGAACAGACAGGAAAUCAGACCAGAGAAAGUGAUGAUUUCUAUGAUUUUCAUUUAUCCAAACUACAAACCUAAGAUUUCAGACCAACAGCUGAGAAGACUGGUCAGAGACACACACAGAGAGAGAGAGAGAGAGAAAAAACUGUACAGAACAUUUUUAUACUUUUUGUAUCUUUUUCAUCAGAGAUCAAAGAAGAAAAAUCUCUAGUGAUGUUUUUGAAGAUUGUGUGGAUAUGUGUUUAAGUGGGUAGGAUAAAAAAAAAAACAUUUUCAAACAUAUUCCGAGCCAAAACAGUCCCAAACAUUCCAACAUGUGUUUAUGCAACAAGCCACGCCCACUGAUAGACCGGAGAGAGUCUAUGAAGAAAAGGAUUGGUCCGCGUAAAUGCAGAAGUUAUUGGCCCAAACAUAGGAUUGGUGGGAAACUCCAGAGACAGUGAUUGUAAUUGUAAAGAAUUAUGAAACAGAAGAUAUGUUUGGACCGUAAUGAUUGUCAAUCAAUGGAUUGUUUUCAGACAGGUGACUUGAUUGGAAGAUUUUAGGUUGGUCUAAACACAUUUCAACAAACUCCAACAAACUCAUGCUUGUAUAUGAAAUGCCUGUCCGGUUUCGGGAAUAUUUUUGGCCGAACUGCUCUGAAAUAAUAUUGAAGCAUGUGUUGAAGUUUGUUGCAGCUGUGUGAAGAGACCUAUUAUUCAUUUGUGUAACUAGCCUACAAGCAUAUUCAAGACUUUGUAGCAUAAUUAAGACCUCUUUCAUAUCCAGGCUUAUCAUAAUUCAAACAUUGCUU